AUCCAUCGUUGCUUGUCGUCGUUGUCGUUGUCGUCGAUAUUGGUUGUUGCGGGUGUCACUCCGCAGCCUCGCUGAGCUAUCGCUUGGAGGCAACCGCGACCAACUUGGACUCCCAGGCCGCCCUGGAAGGCGCAACUGGGCUCUGCUCUCCAAACAACCAAGCAGAGCACUACCGCGCCCCCGCGAUCCAACAGGCAUCCCUCAACCACCCGCUGCGCUGAUAUACGCUUCCCAUCCAUCCAUCAGCGGCUCCUUUGCGACCAGGCAGAGCCCGCGACCAUGAGCUCUCCUCUCGACACCGCGUCCAGGCUGCGCCAGCUCAACCCCCUCACCACCGCCCUCGGCGGCUACCACAGCCCGCCGGCCGGUGUGCCCCAAUCCGCCAUGUCUGUCGCAAGCCCCUACUCUGGCUUCUCAGCCGUCCAGACGCCUGCCAGCUCAGUACAACCAUACAAUCCGCAGCAAUGGGGCAUGUCACCCAUUCCUGCCAGUGAUCGGCCCAUCCAGCAGUUUGCGAAUCCUUCGCGGUUUCAAGAAGAUGCUCAUGCUCCUCCGCCAUACUCGCCUCCCCGACAGCGGCCUACAGGGCAGGGUGCAGAAACGCCUCCAGCCAACAUCUCUGCUGUCCGCAUCCCAGCUUCACAGGUCCACCGCCCUUCGCCAGAGCCCCAGGCCGUCCAGAACUUUCCCCCUCCGCCUGGUGCUGCUGGUCGUGCCAUCUCACGAGAGCGAAGGUUUGGUUUGCCAUCGCUGGGCCGUCGCCGAGAUCGCGAGGCAGAGACAGCCUCUCCACCGGAUGCCCAUCCUCCGACGUCCUUAUCCCGGCCUCAGCCACUCAGCAUCCAGGUACCACAGCCAUUUGCGCCAAGCCGCGGCGAGCCGAACCCGCUGGCCCCAGCAUCACGCCGGGCCGCUUCGGCAAGCGCAAUAGAGACACCAGUCUCAGCACGAUCAAGGUCAGCUUCGCAGUCGCGAUGGGCGCCUGGAAUGCCACUACCUCCACCGCCCCCGGGGCCGCCACCGCCUCAGUCCCGGUCGCAGAGCCUGAGCCGCCCGAUCGACCCUUCCCCAAUCAUGGCGCCGCCUACCCGAAGACCGCCACCCAGUGGCGUAACAGCCCUUGGACCCGUGCCGCCAACACCCGCCAACUGGGUUGACGAAACUCCGGGCGCCCAAUCGAGAGCCACAGCGGCCGCGGAGCUGACGAUAGACACGGAAAGUGCCGCCAAUCUACCAGCCCAGAGUCCCGAGGAGUCCCUCUCGGGAUCGAGCUCCGCCGGCUUGAGCAGAGCUGGCGCAGUUAGGGGAGGUGAAAAGACGAUCCGUGAGCGACGAAAUGAGAGCAGGACGCGGCAUACUCGUGGGGGAUCCACGGUCGGCGCAUUGUCAGAUAUCGUGGUACCACAGAUCAAUGGCGUUGCCGGCCACGUUUCUGUGCAUAAGAAUACGCCACGGAGUGGCACGACCCGGGUCAUGUUGGAAGCCGCAGAGGAUGCAGACUCGAGGAACUCAACCCCGCGACUGUCAGCAGGCAUGCAACCCGAAACACCCACCUCGCCUUACUCCCCGAACGUCAAGAAGGCCUACGUAGGCACGCCGGGUUCUGGUCGUGCCAUUGCUCCGAAAGCCCUGCCUACUCCGCCACCAGGAAGCCGGUCAGCUUUAAGCUCCUCGCAGGUCCAAAUCGUCCCUAGAGCACUCUCGACGACACCAGUAUCGGCGAGGCCAGCAAACAAGAUCGACUUCAUCACGCAGACACCAGAACAGUUCUGCAACGAUAGCAUCGAGCGAUUCCAGAUGUUUGCACAGAUGGAGGCCCAGGCGAGGAACGACGCUGACAGGGUGAAGCUUUUCUCCGAGUUCAUUGUCAAUGAAUCGAGAAUACGCAGGGAGAGGUACUCCACAGCGAUUGGGGCCAUGGGUUCAGAGAUAUUUGACCUCACGAGAGACUUGUUCCGUCCGAUGAAGACGGAGCGACGUGACUCUACAACCUCGCAGCCGAACGAGUGGACACCAAAUACUGAAGCGAACCACACGAGGGAUCUGCGCACUCCCGGUUCCGCGCCAGGGUCUGCAGGCCUAUCCGAAGGCUCUCCCGCGAGCAACGCGACCCCUGGACCACAAAACAGAGAUUCAAGACAGUACCACCCUUCUCUCUCACCCAUUCUGAGCAUGAGCGUAAGCGAGACUCACGAUGACGAGGAUUCUCGAGGACGGCCGGCAAGCAGGUGGUGGGAGUCGGACUCUGUAGGAGAUGGAGCUUCACGUCUGGAGCGAUCAAAGCGAGAAUCCAAGUAUAUGGGAGUCUCGCGGGAAUCUCUACAGUGGCUCGAUGGUCCUGGCAGUGCGGGGCCGUCGUCGGCAGGACCCAGCGCAUGGUAUCCUUCGAAUGAGUACCCGCCUGAGAAAGUUGGUUGGCACGAAACCGAGUCAGCCAGCACGCCUCAGCCAUUCCGAAACUCGCUUUUAUCUAUUGCAACACCGACACCUCACACGCCAAGCCCUUUGCACCUGGACAUCUCACGACUCGUCACGCUGCCACCUCCGUACCCUCGACACCAUCCAGCUGUGAACAACAACCACCCUGACCUGACGGCCAUUCGGACUCAAGUCCGCCUGUUGUCAGAUAUGACCGAUAUCAAGAAGAUGAAGGACGAAUUCUUGCAGGAGAGCCAAAAGAUGCGGGAGGAAGCUGCUGCUGCUGCUGCCGAACGUCGGCAGACUUUGAGAGAGAAUCUUCAGCGAGAGCUGAGCUCUGGUGGCAUGAGCUAUGCUGACGCUGCGGCUAUUGAAGCCGAUUCUCAGGAGAAUGAGUCAGCCCAGGCCAAAGAUGUGGAGCGCAAGGAUUUUGACAGAUUUCAGACUGCCGUAGUCAUUCCGGUCAACGAGAUGCUCACCGAAAGGAUCACGCAAGCCAGCGGCCUGCUAGACGAGCUCAAGUCUCAGCUGUUCGUGUCGGACCCAGACAUGCCACAGGAGGAGGGUGAUGAGAAGCCCGAGGUCCUUGAGAAGCUUACUUUACUGAAAUGGAUCUUUGAGGCUCGGGAAACACUACACCGCGAGAUCUACGAGCUGCUGAGCGACCGAAACGAUCGGUACCGGGAAAUGGUGCUGAUGCCUUAUCGCCUGGCAAAGAACGAGGAGAAGCUUCAGAACGCGGUGCAGUUCUUUGCAGACGAUGCACAGAAACGCAAGAUUGCAUUUACAGGCGAAGUCCUUCAGCGGACACGAGAGUUCCGGGGGAUUGUGGAGGAAAACGUCAACCGGGGCGUCGACAUGCAGCUCAACGCGUUCUGGGACAUCGCGCCACCCCUGAUGAGAGUCCUCGACAAGAUCCCGGGCACCAUCACCAGCAGCUUCCGCAUCCACAUUCCACCGUCGGAAUACGAGGAAAACCCCGAGUACAACCGCCACCCGCUGCAGUAUCUACACAGCCUGCUCACCCAUGCCGAAAAGAGCACGUACCAGUUCAUUGAGUCGCAGACGAACCUGCAGUGUCUUCUACACGAGGUGAAAGAGGCUGUCAUGAUAGCGCGGACGAAGAACAGCGAGGUCCAGGGCCGCGAGGCUCAUGCAAUCGAGCAAGACCGGAAGGCCGAGGAGGAGUACCUCGCGCAGGACUUGAAGGAGAAGGUGCGCGUCGUGCAGGAGCAGUGGCAGGAUGGCCUGGGCAACGGGAUGUCCCGCGUAAAAGAGCGAGUCGGGACCUGGCUGAUACAGACUGGGGGCUGGGAUGACACUCUGGAGGAAGGCGGUGUCGGGGGCGUGUGAGUUGAUGAGGCAUAGGAAGAGAGGCGUGGACGUGUUUGCUUUUGAAUCAUAACAUUCUUGGAUACCCCCUUUGUCGCGAGCCACGAGCAAUUUAUCACACGAGAUACAGAUAUCCUUUAACAAGCCGGCAGGCAUGCUGCAUUUCGGACUGGGAAUGAAC